AUGGAGAAUCCAGAAUACGACGUGGUCGUGAUCGGAGCAGGCCCAAACGGCAUUGUUGUUGCGAGAUUCUACAUGGACAUCCAUCCCACAUGUAGACUUGCCAUAUUGGAGCAAGACACCGUGGUUGGGGGAGUAUGGAGCUCAGCACGCCAGUAUGAAUGUUUUCGCUCCGAAAGCGGUUUGAGAAUGACUGGUUUCUCCGAUAACCCUCUCAAGUUGCCAGAAGACGCUGAAAAGUACCACGAUACUUUCGAGUCAAAAUAUGUCACGAAGUACCUGGAAGAAUAUGUUGAUAAUCACGUCUACAAUGGCCAAAGCUUGCGCGACCGUAUCAUAUUCGGAUACCAAGUACGAAGUGUGGAAAAGAUUGGCGGGGUUUGGAACCUGCGUGGAAGCGCGAGUGAUGCAAAAAUAAUCCGCACGUCAAAGUUGGUGGUAGCAUCUGGAUACAAUAAUAUCCCUCACAUGCCUAUAUUUCCCAACCAGAACCAAUUUCGAAUGCCCAUCAUGCACCAGAAAGAGUUUGGAAAGAUUUCAAAGACAGCCUUGGGCUCGGAUUCUCCCUAUACAUCGGUCACGGUGAUAGGCGGUGGCAAGUCUGCCGCCGACAUGGUCUACGACUGUGUCAAAGCUGGGAAAAAAGUCAAUUGGAUCGUUCGACAGACCAGAGAAGGUCCUGCUGCCUUCGCUGGUGCUCAAGGUCGGGGACAGUACAGAAACGGUACUGAAAUGUCCGCGACUCGAUUUUUCGCCGGCCUCAGCCCGUCAUGUUUUACCCCCACGUCUUGGUGGACCAGGGCGAUUCACCAGUCAUCCAUUGGUAACCACUUGACCACUAAAAUCUGGAAAGGCGCCGAUAAGACUGCCGCUGACCUUGCGAACUUCGACACUCGCGAAGGAGCUCUACCUGGCUUUGGAAGCCUCAAACCAGAUACCGAAAUCUUUUGGUGCAAUGGGCCGAUUGGCCUUAUUCACCAUGAUGAUUUUUGGGACACAGUUGCGAAGAAUGUCCACGCUUAUCGCAGCGAUGUUCAAACGCUCGAGGCAAACGUAGUUGUUCUGGAAGACGGCUCGAAAGUCCAUUCAGAUAUCGUAUUCUGUGGAACAGGAUGGGUCCAUAAAUAUCCGUUCCUCACCGAGAAGCAAGUGGUUGAAUUUGGCCUUCCACAUCUCCCAAAAGAUGAUCCCGAGCCAGAGGCAAAAAUGUGGGCAAGUCCGUUGGAAAUUGCCGAUCAACAAGUAGUCGCCGAGUUCCCAAAGCUUGGAAAUCCUCCCGACCACUUCCAAAAAGCAAGUGCUUCGACACCAUCUAGGCUCUACAAUGGCAUUGCUCCUCUCAAUGAUGACUCCAUUGUCUUCGUGGGCCAUGUCGUUCUUUCCAAUGCUUUCCGUGCGGCGGAGGCUCAAGCGAUUUGGGUCACCGCAUAUUUUGAUCACAACGUCAAGCUCCCUUCAAAUGAACAAGCAAUAAAAGAGGUAGCAUACGCGAAUGCUUUUUCGAAGCGGCAGUAUCCUGCUCACGGCGCCACUGGCAAUUACUUUCAUCUCGAUCUAGUAGGUUAUACUGACAAGCUUAUGGCUGAUGUGGGUUUGACUUCACAUAAGCAAAAGGGCUGGCUUGGUAACUUUAUGGAUCCAUGUAUUGCGAGUGAUUUUAAAGAUAUGAAGGAUGAAUACCGUCAGAAGUACGGAUAUUCUGACUGA